CAAGGGUGUCCGCCGCCUCCGGCUCCUCUCCCUGGCCGCUCGCGGUGCUCUCGGUGACAGCGCCACCUGACUCAGCCCGGGACGGCUUCCUUCUGCCCACCGGCGGGAGCCUGGACGCCGAGGCGCCCCUCACCGUUCGGCUCAGCCCGGGGUCCCGGGGUCCCGCCUGCUGAGAGCGCCCGCGGGCCCGGUGAAGCUGCGGUGUGCGGGCCUCCGGCGCCCCAGGCGAAGCGCGGGGACUGGCAACCCUCAGGCGCCCCGGAAUCGCCCGCUCCCGUCCCGGCUCGGAUGGGCCCUCGCACUCGAUAAAUGUGGCUGCUGAGGCGGCGCUGGCGGUGGCCGGACCUGCUGCUGCUCUGUUCCGAGUUCCCCCUCGCCGCGGCGCUUUGCUGCCCCCCGGGGCUGCCGCCGCCAGCUCCUUUUCCCCUGGGCCUGGCCUUGCAGCGUGGCGACGAUGGACAAGAUCCUGGAGGGCCUGGUGAGUUCCUCUCAUCCUCUGCCCCUCAAGCGGAUGAUUGUGCGGAAGGUGGUGGAGUCCGCGGAGCACUGGCUCGACGGGGCGCAGUGCGAGGCCAUGUUUGACCUGACGACCCGUCUCAUCCUGGAGGGCCCGGACCCUUUCCAGCGACAAGUGGGCCACCAGGUGCUGGAGGCCUACGCGCGGUACCACCGGCCGGAGUUCGAGUCCUUCUUCAACAAGACCUUCGUGCUGGGCCUCCUUCAGCAGGGCUACCACUCACUGGACAGGAAGGACGUAGCCAUCCUGGACUACAUUCACAACGGCCUGAAGCUGAUCAUGAGCUGCCCGUCGGUGCUGGACCUCUUCAGCCUGCUGCAGGUGGAGGUGCUGCGCCUGGUCUGUGAAAGGCCGGAGCCGCAGCUCUGUGCCCGCCUCAGCGACCUUCUGACGGAUUUCGUGCAGUGCGUCCCCAAAGGGAAACUGGCCAUUACCUUCUGUCAACAGCUGGUUCGAACGAUAGGGCACUUCCAGUGUGUGUCCACCCAGGAGAAGGAGCUGCGGGAGUAUGUCUCCCAGGUAACAAAAGUGAGUAACUUACUCCAAAAUAUCUGGAAGGCCGAGCCCUCCACGCUGCUACCUUCUCUGCAAGAAGUUUUUGCAAGCAUCUCUUCCACAGAUGCAUCCUUUGAGCCCUCGGUCGCCUUGGCCAGCCUUGUGCAGCAUAUUCCUCUGCAGAUGAUCACGGUCCUCAUCCGGAGCCUGACCGCCGACCCGAAUGUAAAAGACGCCAGUAUGACCCAGGCUCUCUGCAGAAUGAUUGACUGGCUAUCUUGGCCCUUGGCUCAGCAUGUGGAUACCUGGGUAAUUGCUCUCCUGAAAGGACUGGCAGCUGUUCAGAAGUUUACUAUUUUAAUAGACGUUACUUUGCUGAAAAUAGAACUGGUUUUUAAUCGACUUUGGUUUCCUCUUGUGAGACCUGGUGCUCUUGCGGUUCUCUCUCAUAUGCUGCUUAGUUUUCAGCAUUCUCCAGAGGCAUUCCAUUUGAUUGUUCCUCAUGUAGUGAACUUGGUUCACUCCUUCAGAAGUGAUGGCCUGCCUUCUAGCACAGCCUUCUUAGUGCAGGUAACGGAGUUGGUGCACUGUAUGAUGUAUCACUACUCCGGAUUUCCAGAUCUCUACGAACCUAUUCUGGAGGCAGUAAAGGAUUUUCCUAAACCCAGUGAAGAGAAGAUUAAGUUGAUUCUCAAUCAAAGUGCCUGGACUUCUCAAUCCAAUGCUUUGGCGUCUUGCUUGUCUAGACUUUCUGGAAAAUCUGAAACUGGGAAAACUGGUCUUAUUAACCUGGGAAACACAUGUUACAUGAACAGUGUUUUACAAGCAUUGUUUAUGGCUACAGAUUUCAGAAGACAAGUGUUAUCUUUAAAUCUAAAUGGGUGUAAUUCAUUAAUGAAAAAAUUACAACAUCUUUUUGCCUUUUUGGCUCAUACACAAAGGGAAGCAUAUGCACCUCGGAUAUUUUUUGAGGCUUCCAGACCUCCGUGGUUUACUCCCAGGUCGCAGCAAGAUUGCUCUGAGUACCUCAGGUUUCUGCUGGACAGGCUCCAUGAAGAAGAAAAGAUCUUACGCAUGCAGUCCCCACAUGAGCCUUCGGAAGGUCCAGGCUGUGCUGACACUUCUUUACAGGAAGUGGCCAGUAAGGCAGCUGCAGCCACGGGGUCUCCUGGCACCAGUGCCGGUGAGGAGAAGACUUUAGUAGAGAGGAUGUUUGGAGGGAAGCUGCGGACCCAUGUCUGCUGCCUGAACUGCAGGAGCACCUCACAGAAGCUGGAGGCUUUCACAGACCUCUCGCUGGCCUUUCGCCCUGCCCCUUCUGUGGAAGACGUGUCUUUUCAAAAUCCAGCUUCCUUACCCAGUGCACAAGAUGAUGGCCUAAUGCAAACCAGUGUGGCUGACCCAGAGGAAGAGCCAGUAGUUUAUAACCCGGCUACAGCUGCUUUCAUCUGCGACUCGAUUGUGAAUGAGAGAGUAGUAGGCAGUCCUCCUGUUGAAUUUCACUGUGCAGAAAACAAUUCUGUCCCUAGUGAGUCUGCAAAGAUUCUCAUCAGUAAGGAUGUGCCUCAGAAUCCAGGAGGUGAAGCCACACCUUCGGUAACUGACUUACUAAACUAUUUUCUGGCUCCAGAAAUUCUGACUGGUGACAACCAAUACUAUUGUGAAAACUGUGCCUCUCUGCAGAAUGCUGAAAAAACUAUGCAAAUCACAGAGGAGCCUGAAUACCUUAUUCUUACCCUCCUGAGGUUCUCAUAUGACCAGAAGUACCAUGUGAGAAGGAAGAUCCUAGACAAUGUGUCACUGCCACUGGCUUUGGAGUUGCCAGUUAGAAGAACUGCUUCCUUCUCUUCCUUGGCAGAAAGUUGGUCUGUAGAUGUUGACUUCACUGAUAUUAAUGAGAACCUAGCUAAAAAAUUAAAGCCUUCUGCGACUGAAGAAGCUUUCUGCCCCACACUAGUGCCCUACCUAUUAAGUUCUGUUGUUGUGCACUCUGGGGUGUCCUCUGAAAGUGGACAUUACUAUUCUUAUGCCAGAAACAUCACAGGUACAGAGUCUUCAUACCAGAUGUGCCCCGAGUCUGAACAUCUGGCAUUAGCCCCCUCCCAGAGUUGUUUACUAGGGGGAGAAAGCUCCAGUGCAGUCAUUGAACAGGACUUGGAAAAUAAGGAAAUGUCACAAGAGUGGUUUUUAUUUAAUGACAGCAGGGUGACAUUUACUUCCUUUCAGUCAGUCCAGAAAAUCACAAGUAGAUUUCCAAAAGACACAGCUUACGUGCUUUUGUACAAAAAACAGAACAGUGCUAAUGGCUUACGCAGCGACAAUCCAGCCAGUGGUGUCUGGGUCAAUGGAGACCCACCACUACAGAAAGAGCUAAUGGACGCCAUAACGAAGGACAACAAACUGUAUUUACAGGAACAAGAGUUGAAUGCUCGAGCCCGGGCCCUACAAGCUGCAUCUGCUUCAUGUUCAUUUCGGCCCAAUGGAUUUGAUGACAAUGAUCCACCAGGGAGCUGUGGGCCAACUGGUGGAGGGGGUGGAGGAGGAUUUAAUACAGUUGGCAGACUCGUAUUUUGACCCUGAGAGAAUUGAAAAUGCAUCUGGUCACAAAACAUCCAGUACUAUGGCUGUUAAAAUGUCAGGCUGUAACGGAUAGCAUAUCUAUCUUUUAUUUUUCUUUUCAUUAGACCCAAAUACUUUAAGAAAACACACUCAGUGUUUUUAUUUUCUUGAAAUACAAAAUGCAUCAUGGAAAAAAAAUCUACCUCUUAAACUUCCAUUUGCAUUUAUGGUUAGACACGCUUGACCAAAAAUGUUGAGAGGAAAAAAGCAUACCUGGUCCCUAAUUAAGCUGCAUUAGAUUUGGUAGAAGGAUUUAAAUGGUGGAUUUUCGGUUUUACUGAACGAAAAUAAUCCAGUUAGCAUUCUUUAUAAAAGAAUUGAUGCUAGAGUUUCAAUAUAUAUAUAUUGUUUUAAGAAAAAUGAAAAUCUUUGUUUCUGGUAGAAUUACCCCAUUAUUAAAUUCAAGUCUUUGGAAACAGUAAAGAUGACCAGUCUCUGGAGGCAAUAACAGUUUAAACUUCAGCUGCCAGACUUGGGGCCUUCUGCGCAUGCUGUUCUCAGCAUCACUCUUGGUUUCAAGAACUAGUGUCUUUUAAAGGAUUAUUUACACACACAUGGUGAAUGAAUUUACAGAAGGUGCAUGACCCUGUAAGGGCAGUGUUUUUAACCUGACUUUGUAGUAUUUCCAGUUGUCCAAGGACCUUAAAUCCUGUUUUAGGGAGUGUAUCUCCUGUGUGUUUCACAGGAGUUGAGUCCUGUAUGUGCCUUGCAGUACUGUAAUUCAAACAUAGGUAUCUUUGGCUGCAGAAAGUUUUCUAAAACAAAAUGUUAGGAAGUAAAUUUUGUGCUAACAUUAAAAUUAUAAUUUUUAAAAGUAUUAGAUUUUUUCAGAAGUAAAAUCUGACGAUUCUAAAGCAGUGAGUGUAAUGGUAAAUUUCUAACUCUUAGAAAAAUUCAGAGGAAAUAAAGCUAGUUUAAGUAAAAGAUCUUCAAUUGAUUUGUUACUGAAUCCUCUAAACAUUAAACAUUGAUAAUAUGUUUAGAGUUGUAUAUUUGGGAUUUCUUUCUUUAUUUGAGACUCAUGCCUUAUAGUCUCUGCUUCAGAGAGUACUCAAAUGCCUCACCCCAUUAUCCCUACCCCCUCACCCCGCCAUCCCUGCCCCCUCACCCCACCAUCCCUACUGUUCUUUUUUGGUUCUGGGGUGUUUUUUGUAUGGGGGAGGGAGGGUUCUUUUUAUUUUAUUUUGGCCUGGAAACUGGAAACAUGUCAGUCCUCCUGGGUCUUGAUUAUACAGUACUCAAGCGUUGUCCCAAAUACCCUUUUUCCUGGCUCUAUUAACACAUCCAUGGCCAUGUAUUGUUCUGAAGAUUGAUCAUGUGUUUAUUUUGAAAACACUUUAAGGAAAUAAUGGCCUUUGGUGACUUGAGGUUUAUCUUUUUCCCAGCUUUUGUGGCAGUGAAUAAGAAUAACUCCUCAUCUUCAUCCUGCUGCCCCCACCCUCCCUGUUUCCAGUCACCAGGGAGACUCUGAACACAGCCUGUUAGAGCUGGCUUCCUCCAGUCCUGACAGUGCUUUCCCUAGUUACCCUGUGUUCAGUUGGCACAGGCUGAAUGGUGACUACAACCAGAUUGUGUCAGUCUCAGCAUUGUGGAAAUUGAAUUAAAAUUGGGUGGAGGUGCUUCUGGAACUUCCACAGAGGCAGUAAGCUCCCAGUUCUACCUGUGACUGUCAAAUAUUUCAAGGAUUUUAUGUAUCAAAACAUGAUUGCAAAUGAGAAAGUGUAAAUUCUAGUAGUAGUACUAGGAUUAUGCAAAUUUUGGUCGGAUAACCAGUGCCAAAGUUGAGGGCGUUAGGAUGAGAAAUAUUGCUCACUAACAGCUUGCCGGAUUCAUGUUUGGAAAUCGAGAAGCCCCUUCAGCUGAACUUAAUAAGGUGGCACCCUGAACUGACCUGCCCCUCACACAUCUGUUAGUGCUGCCUCAUUUAUACACUGUCACCAGGCCUCUCUGUCUCCGGUAUCUCCAUGUCCUUCCCAUGCUCUUUGUGAAUGUUGUUGAGCUCUCGUGUUAAAGAGGACCAUUGGUAUUUCUCUUCAGUUCAGUGCAAGACAGAUCAAAUGAAACUACCAUCGCUGCUAAAGAGAGUAAUGUGUUAGGCUUCACUAUGCACCAAAUAUAAAGCUGAACAUGCAAGUCUGUACCUCUGAAAGAUAUCUGCUGAUACACUGCAGAAGUUGGGAUAUUUUUCCACAAAGAAAUAGGCAAGAAAGGAAAUAUAUAUAGGGAAUGAUCUUGCUACCCUUUUAAUAUGUCUGUGGUAGAUGGAUGUACAACUCCUGACAUUUACAUAGCCAGCUGGAGGGAUGAUCCUGGCUCAUUCUCCAAGUAUCCUCCAUUUGAAUAGCCAGAGACUGUCUAUACCUUAAGAUGCCGUUAGAGUCCUUUGAUGGAGAGACAAGAAUCCCUCUUUGUGUCUUAGAGGUCCUGGGAUCCUUAUGACAGUUUUAAGCAGCCCAUUAAAUCACAUCAGGGAAGAAAAAAAAAUUUACUCUUAAAUCUAUAAUAACGGGAGUCAGCGUAUAAAGGUGCUUGCCACCGAUCCUGAGGACCGAACUUCAAUUAUUCCAUCUUCAUGAUCCACCUGAUGGAAAGACCCAUCGUCCGUCCACACACAUGCCAUGGCACAAGCACACCCACUUGAAAUAAAAAUGUAUGACUUUCUUUGCUCGUUUACGUAUUUUAAUGAUGGUGUUAUCUACAAAAAUACUUCUUUUCACAUUCACAUUAAUUCUGU